UAGGAGACACGUCCAGGAAGUAGACAGUAACCUGAUCAACAAAGUCCAGAGAUCUAUCAGACGGACAGAAAGAAAAUUGUUCCUCUAUUGUUGUAGUCAAGACUGUCCUGUUUUCCUUAAACACUUUAUAAGAUACCAAAUAUUUAUCACUUUUCAAACUUUACUGCAAAUAAAAACUAGAGAAAACAAAUCUGUACACUUUUCUGGAGUAACCCCAUCAUUUAAGGUUUUUAAACGACUUGUUUCCUGUUAACUUUGGGACCCCCUUACAAUGUUUGCAGCUCAAUUUCACUGACCUAAAUGAGACAUAUGAUGGAACCUAAAUGUCUCAGCGAGGAUCUUUCUGGCCCAUCAGCAGCUUGUAAUGAUCUCAUGAUGUACUGUCAACAUUGACUCUUUUUCCCUCUUCUAUGGCCCAAACUGCUGUUAUGGGAAAGCCAGCCGGGUCAUCAGAGUGUCGUAAACAUGCGGAACAUCUGUCCGACUUUCAGGGGGGAAUCACUUUACAUCUCUUAAUUAUCCGUGCGGUGCAAUCAUGCCCUGAGAUCUCGUAAUGAGGGGGAGGCUGCGGAGGCCGCACCUCGUGUAAUAUGAUUGCGAGCUUAUGGGUUAUAAAAGCCUCGAGGUCGUAACUCUGUUUAAGUAGGCAGAAAAGGUUGAUAGUAGAGAUGACCGGAAGCAAAAAACAACAUGUGCCAGUGUGUUUGUGUGUCACUGGGAUGGGCUAAAGGUCGCUGAGAUGGAGAAGGGGAGGGAUGAUCAGUAGGGAUUGGUAUAUAUAACAGGGAAAAAUGAGCAUCUCCAAUGAUCGUUGCAGCCUGCAGAGGAGCAAAGUAACAGAACAGCUGCUGUGGGUUUGGAAGAGACCAGAGCAGCAGACAGGUAUCCAGCAUGCGCGCCCUGGUGGUUUUGCCUCUGGUUUUGUGUGUCUUGGUGUGUGUGGACCAGGGGAGAGCAGAGGUGAAGCCUGUCAAGCUGUGCGGCCGCGAGUUCCUGAGAGCUGUUGUCUACACCUGCGGAGGCUCCCGCUGGAGGAGAUACUUCACAGACCCAGACAUGAAUGGUCUUCCUGCUGGUGAGCAGAACAGCCUCGACAGCUUCAGCAGCUCGGGCUCAGAGCUCCGCGAAUGGACGAAACGGGACAACAAUGGCUUCCUGACCAUGAUGUGCUGUCAGGUGGGCUGCAGCAAACGGGAUCUCACUUACCUCUGCUGAGGUCGACUCCUUUGCUUUAGAGAGGCCCCAAAAGACUUAAAAAAACAAAUGAAUCUGAGGAAAACCAAACCUCAAUAAAUGUGUGAUCACUUGUAAGUUUGUACAUGUACCUGUGAGUGUGUCUGAUUCAUGUGUGCAACACUAAGUGUGUAUAGAACUGUAAUAGUGAAUUGUCUUAAAAUCAGGUGUAGAUUUUUUAUAAAACACUCGAAUUGUGUUCUGUUAAUUCACAAUUGUCCAGUAAAUCCUAUUGCACACAAUUCACAGUAUUCUGUGGUGAUUUUACUAUAAGAUUCAAAGUAUUGACAGAAGUAAAAAAAAAAAACAGAUUACCUAUGGGGUAAAUAAAAAUGCUUUUCUCUGUUUCUGAUCCAUAAGAGUAUAAUAAAUAUGCAAAACCAGCCAAAGCUGUACAAAAAAACAGACUUUUUCUGUUUUUUGUUCAUAUUUAGGAUGUUUUGGUUUACAAAAAGGCUCUGCCCUGCUUUCAGUGAAACUCUCUCCGUUUGACCCAUCCCCUGGGGGAGCGGUGAGCUGCAGACACAGCCGCACUCAGGAACCAUUUGGUUGUGUAACCCGUCAAUCCAACCCCUUAAUGCUAAGUGUCAAACAGGGAGGCACUGGCUCCCAUUUGUAGUCUUUGGUAUGAUACUACUGUGGAAAUGAACUUAUGACCUUUCAGUCUCAGGGUGGACACUCUACCACAGGACCACUGAGCUGGAACUAGACUGUAAAAAAAAGACACUAUAAAAUUUGCCAUGAUCAAAAUACUAAAAAAAUGAUAAAAAAAAAAACAUUGUAACACAAAUGUUGUCAUUUAUACAUCAAAAAACGUAAAAACAGCCAUCCAGUUAUAACUUUUAUUGAUUUCGGAAAGAAGCAAACUAUAAUCCUCAUUAAAUCUGGGAGUUACGUCUUGUACUUGUAUGUUUGAGGUUAACAGUACACAUCCAUAAAGCAUCCUGGCUUCCAGCACACAGAAACACACUACCUGUUCUCCCCCCUCGUUGUUAUAGCACAGCUGCUCAGCACAACACAUUGUUUUCGCUUCUAUCCAGACGGCCCACAUUUUGCUGCAUGCUCUGCAUGCAAUACUAAUGACUGCAGGACAAAGUCAUUACAGAGAUGAAGAACUUGGGGUUAUAGUCGUGUUCCUUUUUUUUUUAAAUCAAAAGAAGCAAACAAUAUUCAAGCAGCUUUGUGUGGCCUUUCACUCUAAGCAGCUGUUACAGGUACAUGAGGGUGGUUUGUUUUGUGGUAGAUAACGCUGCAGGGAUCGUUACACUAAAAGCUUUAUGUUGCAUAUGGACAAACCUUGUCAGGCUUAUCAAGAUGUCCAACCCAAAUGAGAAGGAAUGCAUUAGGAGCUAAAUGGCACCAAUCAUGAUUUGCUUCACUUUAAAAAUGCCACUUUAGUUUUCCUGCAGUUUGGGUAUGUACAAUAAAAAAAUAGAUCUACAGUUAGAAUUUUUUGGGCAACUUUGAUCCCAAAUUUCUGCAUUAACUUCCAGUUAUGCCAAAUUCAAAGUUACGCAUAAACCGAAAGUACUGAUACGAGAUGAAACACAUUUUUUUCCCCCCUAAAAUCAGUCACAGAUACUGGUGUGACCGCACUGGUCUGACUCUGAUUGGUUAUAUUUAGCAGAAUGAGGAGAAAACGGUACAGAGGCUUUCAGGUACACUUCAAGCACACUUUUUGUUCAUCAUAAUAAGCGUCAGAGCAUUCAGAAGUACAACAUCAUUAGCACAGUGCUUUAAAGAUUUUUUUUUUUUUACAAUAAACAAUAUAUUUUUAUUCACUUUAAAAACAGCCAGUCUAUUCUCCUUAUAGAGGACUGACUGUCCGGGUACACACAUAAAAUACCACACAUCAAAACAAACAAAAAAAAAACAUAA